GAGAGAGAAAACACAGAUUGUUCAUCAUCGUCAAGCACCACGACAUCUUGUUUCAGUCAAGCAUUACCAAUGAUACAGCAGGCGAACGGUGGUGACAGUCUCAAGCAUGACCUGAAUCAUUGAUUUCUUACGUCUGAACAAAAUUGGGUUCUUACCAACAGGAUUCCAAAUAAUGUGCUCCCGUUUGUUGUAGAAUGAGGGGAUCCUAUUUUUAAAAAGAAAAAACAAAGCCAACAAUGGUUUAUGCCCAGGAAAUGGAUAACAUCAAACCCUCCCUGGAUUCAACCCUCCUAACAUUCCUCUUGUUCCGGAAUUCCAGCCAAAGAGAGAAUUCCACACCCCCAGCUAUCACCAGCCCUAUGGAUUACUAUGUAGAUAACAACAGAAGGAACACCUCGUAUGUUCCCACUUACGAGCUCACGGCAGGAGAGGUGGCAGCAACCAGCCUGGUCUUUGGAAUAUUAUGGCUGUUGUCUGUUUUUGGGAACGCACUUGUUUGCUUGGUGAUCCAUCGCAGUCGUAGGACUCAAUCCACCACUAACUACUUUGUGGUUUCCAUGGCCUGUGCAGAUCUGCUCAUCAGUCUGGGGAGCACCCCGUUUGUGCUUCUCCAAGUGACGUCUGGCCGCUGGAUGCUGAGCAGUGCAAUGUGCAAGCUGGUGCGCUACGUCCAGUAUCUUUCCCCUGGCGUCCAGAUCUACGUCCUGCUCUCGAUCUGCAUGGACAGGUUCUACACCAUCGUCUACCCCUUAAGCUUCAAAGUGUCCCGGGAGAAAGCCAAGAAGAUGAUCCUAGCUUCCUGGAUCUUCGCUGCUGCCUUCGUGGCCCCCAGCUUUUUUUUCUAUGGCUCUGAGUGGGAUAAUCAUUGCAACUUCUUCCUCCCGGGCACCUGGGAAGGGAUCUUCUAUGGCAUGGUCCAUCUGCUGGUGGGAUUUCUGGUCCCUUCCACACUGAUCAUCUUGUUUUAUCAGAAGGUUGUCAAGUACAUCUGGAGAAUAGGCACUGAUGGCAGGACAGUAAGGAGAACCAUGAAUAUAGUCCCAAGGACUAAAGUCAAAACAAUCAAAAUGUUCUUGAUGCUCAAUUUAGUGUUUUUGAUUUCCUGGAUGCCUUUUUACAUAGCUCAGCUCUGGCACCCGAAAGAGAUGAAUUUGAGACAGAACUCUCUGGUUUUCAUGGCCGUCACCUGGAUAUCUUUCAGCUCUUCAGCCUCCAAACCCACUCUCUACUCCAUCUACAAUGCUAAUUUCCGGCGAGGCAUGAAAGAGACCUUUUGCACGUCCUCUAUGAAAUGCUAUCGGAGCAAUGCCUACACCAUCACCACAAGCUCAAGGAUGGCAAAAAAGAACUACGUGGGAAUAGUAGAGAUUCCAGCAGCUGCAAAGACUAUUACCAAAGACUGCAUAUAUGACACCUUUGAUAGAGAAGCGAAAGAGAAAAAACUGGCUUGGCCUAUCAAUUCAAACCCUCCUAAUACAUUUGUGUGAAAACUAGAAGGUAGUGACAGCUAUUGACAAAUGAUAUGCACAAUAUGAAUAACAACAACAGUAAAAAAGAUCUGAUCUUUUACCAUUUUUUGGCCUUGUUUAGGAAGUGCAG